UGCCUUUUCACUCUUUCACUCUCUCCUUCUUCUCCAACGAAAAGAGCUCAUCAGGCAAAUUCAAGAAACACCACAACACAGCUCCGGGAGAUUUGGUUGUUUCACUCUCAGAACCGGAUUUCUAAAUGGAAGAGGGCUAUCAAGGUUAAUGCCAUUUUGAUACUGAUUGAUCAGAAUUCGAUAUCUGGUGCUGUUGUUUAGAAUUAGGACGAAAAGAAAAAGGUGAAGCUGAAGAAUGGUUGGAAAUUCAGUUGCCCAACUUUCAACUAGCUCAAUUCUGUUGCCUUCAUAUAAGUUGACGCCCAUUCAUCAAAAGUAUUCGAUAAAUUGGUUGCCAUGUCUAAACACAUCGAGAAGACCCAAAAAUAAAUUAUUUACAGUAAAAGUUACAUCUUCCGGUGAUGCUUCGAACAGCCAACAACAACAACAGCCCACCUCUACUUCUGCAUCGAAGAAUCCUUUGUCAGUUGUUUUGGAUGUUCCUAAGAACAUUUGGAAGCAGACCCUACGGCCGUUGAGUGACUAUGGGUUUGGAAAGAAGAGCAUUUGGGAAGGUGGGGUUGGGUUGUUUCUAGUUUCAGGUGCAGUUUUGCUGGCUCUCAGCUUGGCUUGGUUGAGGGGGUUUCAGUUGCGGUCGAGGUUCAGAAAGUACAUGGCCGUGUUUGAGUUUCAGCAGGCGUGUGGGAUUUGCACAGGGACACCUGUUAGGAUUCGAGGUGUGAAUGUCGGAAAUGUAAUCCGUGUUAAUCCUUCUCUCAAAAGCAUUGAAGCUGUAGUUGAGGUUGAUGAUGAUAAGAUAAUUAUUCCAAAAAAUUCAUUGGUUGAGGUGAACCAAUCUGGACUUCUUAUGGAAACUUUGAUUGAUAUUACACCGAGGGAUCCUAUACCGACUCCUUCAAUUGGGCCUCUUGAUCCGGAUUGCGUCAAGGAAGGUCUUAUUGUGUGUGACCGUCAAAAGAUAAAGGGACAUCAAGGAGUGAGCUUGGAUGCAUUGGUGGGUAUUUUUACCCGCCUUGGUCGUGAGGUUGAAGAAAUAGGUGUUAAGAAUACCUAUUCAUUGGCUGAGCGAGUUGCAUAUAUAAUUGAAGAUGCACAACCACUCCUUAUAAAGAUGAAAGCCAUGGCUGAAGAUGUACAACCUUUGCUUGCUGAAGUACGUGAGAGUGGUUUGCUGAAGGAAGUGGAGAGUUUAACCAAAAGCCUUACACAAGCUUCUGAGGAUUUGAGGAAGGUGCACUCGACAGUGAUGACUCCUGAGAACUCAGAACUUAUUCGCAAGUCCAUUUACAGCCUCAUUUUCACUUUAAAGAACGUUGAAAAUAUAAGCUCGGACAUCUUAGGAUUUACUGGUGAUGAAGCUACACGACGCAAUCUGAAGUUGCUUAUUAAGUCUCUCAGCAGACUACUAUGAAGAUGGGAAAGCUGAUGCUGAGGAUCAAAGUAUGAUUUACCUCAGAACACUGGCUUUUAGUUCCUGACAAUUUCCUCACUUAGGGUAUCGCAUACGUGCAAAUUCUUUUCCAGACUUUUGAUUGUCUGGACCUACCGACCUAUGCUACGGGCUAACUAAUGUUGUCCGUCGAGAACAACCAAGAAAGUUUCGCAGACUGCUGCUUCUGGUUUAAUGCUAGUCCGACUCCUCAAGCCAAGUUAUGAAGGUUGCUUCCUAAGUUCUAAAUUAGCUGAACUAUGAGAUUUUUUUUUUUUUUUUUUGGUUAUAAUCCGAACUCAUUUCUCUAUUCCUAUUUUUUCUUGGAAGUAAAUUGUUUUUGCCCCUCCCUCUUAGCCACUUUUUCACACUUUCUGCUGAGCAAACAGCUAUUCUUUCUUUGUCAAAAAAGUGUAAGGAACUAGAAGCUAAGAUGCUUCACUUUCUGUUAUAAGAGAGGUUUCAUUUCGUUUGCCGGGA